AUGGACCUAUGGCUCUGGCUAGAAGUGAAGAGAUUCCCAAACAUCAUAGCAAAAUUGCUCAACAGAUCAGAUUUCAUCCUUAACGUCAUGGCCGACGAAGCCACAACCUGUCUUCAAGUUCUCGAGUCCAAAACCGCCUUCUCUUCCCCUUCCGGAUCCACCAUGUCAGUCACAGCCAAAAUCAUAGGAAAACCCAUCUCUGUCCCCAUGAUCACCCAUAUCAACUUCACCGCCAUAAUCAAAAUCAAAACCUUCCUCAACAAUGUUUGUUCCCUAAUUUUCACAGACAUUUUACAACAGGUUUUGGGUUCUCUUAAUCAGCCACUUCCUGUUAUGAGUUUUCCUCAUCUGAUUUUCAGGAAUAUAACGGUUAUUUCACUGCCCCUCAGCCAUCACUUGCCAACCGAAGGGCUGUGGGGUUGGUCGCAUGAGAUUAAAGUUCUGGUGGAUGAUCGAGCCAUGUUCUUGACUUUCUCAAGAGGGUACCCAGUUAGUGAAAGUGAAGUUAAGGAGCUUUUUACGGGGUGUUUUUGUGAUUGUGUCGACAAUGUUGAUAUGGAUGAGUCUAACUCGGUUGAUCAACCUUUGUUUGCUCGAAUGAUAGUUCGUGGUGUUUCGAUUGUGGAUGACAUUUUGAAGGGGAGCGACAUUGCAAAGUUUUAG